UCCCCGUUUCGAAUCCACGGCUUCGGUUUUUCGUUCGGCUGAGUUGAGGGCGCAAUACCAACUCAGAUGUUUUAUCUUUUCACAACAACAAAACACAAGCAGCCUAGUCAAGAGGAAUUCUUGGUCCCAACAACUUAAUUCUGUCGAUGUUCUUUAUCCCCCAAGGUGAGAUACAGAAAUGUGAGACUGAUCAUGAAGAAUUGAACAAUGGCUUCCUUAAGAAUGAAGAUGCAUCCAUCACAGUCGAGUGUAACUUUAUUUACAAGAAUAUUACUAAUGUUCUUAAUUCCUUGUGCUGAUACAAAGUUUUUGCAAGGUCAUGGGAUGCAACUUGGCAAACAUAAAGACCCCAUUGGUCACAUAGAGAUACUUGAAGGGAUUCCAUCCUCAAGAGAGUUCUGGGAGAACUAUGCAGCUCAACGAAAGCCAGUCAUUUUUAGAGGAGCAGCCCACCUGUCAAAAGGGAUGCAUCUUUGGACGGAUGAUUAUUUAAUGGACAAUUUUGGGGAUUUGAAGGUAAAGAUCGAGUCAAAAUCUGAAAAAGAGAACAUUCCAACUGGAGUGAAAGGGCUUGGGCAGGAUACCAUCGCCAGUUUUUUAAGGAGUUAUCAGUCAAGGAAUGCAUACAUCGUCUCUCAACUUCCUCAGCCAAUGGCAUCUGGGGUCUCCGUGCUACCUUUUCUCACCUGUGGUACCUUUGUCAAACGGAUUCUGGAGGCUAAUUUGUGGAUGAGUAGCGGUGGCACAAAGAGUCUACUGCAUAGAGAUGCAGACAAUGCCAUCAAUUGUCUCUAUGCUGGAACAAAGGACUGGAUCUUCAUCCACCCCUCCUUUGAAGAUCACAUCCCAAUCGCUAAGGAAGAAGUUGAAGCUUAUGGGGGUUUUGCACUCUUGGAUCCUGACAAUGUUGAUCUGGAUAAGUACCCCUCUUUUGCUGAUGUGGACUGGACAUAUGCCAAUCUUACUGCUGGUGAUUGCCUAUACCUCCCCUAUGGUUAUUGGCAUCAGGUGCGCUCAUAUGGAACAAGAAACAUGGCUGUCUCGGUUUUGUUUUCACGACUGAGUGAUGUUGAUUUGAGUGACUGCAAUGACAAAAGCCAAGACUUUAUCCCUCUGACUGAAAUUAAUAUGGUGUUUACAUAUGAUGGAUAUGAAGAUCAGACAAUGGGUGAUACAGAUCCUUAUGAGCUUAAUGAGACAUUGAUUGAGUGGUGUCACUUGCAGGGAAUGCUGGACCACAGCAGUUUGAUGGAAAGUCUUCUUGAGGAAUUUGGAUUGGACUUUGGUGGAGAAAACAAGUUUCAGGAAACUACUGUGAUUUCCCAACACUUUGAUGAAGAUGUUCUGAAGGAAAUAAAUAUAAAAGAAAGUCUUGAAAAUAUUGUAAACAAGCUGAUGGAUAUAUUAGACGCCAACCAGGAUGGCAAACUAGUCUGUGAUAAAGAGCUUAAUGCUCUGUCUUUGAAAACGUUGACAACCUUGGCUAAUAUUUUGGACGGAGAUAGCGGAAAUACAGAGGACCAUGAGUUUUUUAGCUUCACUCCAGAUGAAAUAAGGGAUUUCUUACUUACAUGUAUGCAUGAAGCUGAAGCUCAUUCUAAUGGUGAACUGUAUAAGGCAGACUUUUUGACGUUAUACCAGGAGUAUGGUGGCUCCAAAAAGGGAGGAAUACAGGUGUACUCAAUUUUGGACAGUGGAAAUGAUAAUAUUGUUUCAAGAAAGGAAGUGGACGCCAACAUAGAGAAAGUACUGCUUAUGUUCAGAAAGAGCUUAAAAUCAUCCUUAAAGUCAGCCUCAGCCGAAAUGGAAACAAUUACAACAGAAAACAGGAAUACAGUAGACCGAGAGAAUGAAUUGAGGAACAAACAGCAUCAGAACCAACAGUCACAUGAAGAUCUCUAAAUGCAACUUCAAAAUAGUUUUCAUUUGUUAAAUCCAUAAUGUGUAGUGCACAGUUAAAACAAAAAAAUUGGGAAAGACUGCAAAUAAUAUAUCUUUUCACUCACCAUGUGAAGAUAAACAAAAAUCUAAAUAAUCCAAAGUUGUGAAAAUAGUUAACAAAUGAACUUACAUAAUUAAAAACUUAUAAUAUAAAGCAGUGUUUGAGGUCUCUAAAACUAUAUUAAUGCAAAGGGUGUUUUUGUUUAAAUGUUGUAUAGUUUCAAUAGCUCUUUAGCGCUUGCUUUUUUACUAAUUAACAUUUGAAGGCACUGAACACCUUUGGUAAUUGUCUUCUCAUUUGGUGUAACUCAACAUAUGCAUAAAAUAACUAAUCAG